CUAUCUUGAAAAAAAAAUAGAUUCUCUCUCUAAAAGUCACACAAAUCACACACCCCACCGCCUUGUUGAUCCCAUCUCUUUCUCAUCUGUUAUCGGCCGUCUUUGGCCAAUUCACAAUUCAGUGUCGGCAAUUCCAGUUUGGAAUAGCGAUUUUAUUGAGCUGAUUAAUGGUCGAGUCACUGUUGUUAUUCACUCUCCUAGUUGCUCGUGGGUGGUCCUGACUCAGACCCAAGAAAAACAACACAUUCAUCAUGAUGAUGAAAAGGCUAGUGGCACUACUUUUGCUUCUGGCAUUAAGUGAUGCUGUUGGAACCCUUGGGGCUCAAAAUGAAGGACAAUGUGAAUUCAACGGGCCUUUGGAACCCAGACCUCACAGUGUGUCCAUCUUGGAAUUUGGGGCCGUUGGGGAUGGGAAGACGUUGAACACAGUUGCUUUCCAAAAUGCUAUUUUCUACCUAAAGUCAUUUGCUGACAAGGGUGGUGCUCAGCUCUAUGUUCCGAAGGGCAGGUGGCUUACUGGAAGCUUCAAUCUUACGAGCCACCUUACACUUUUCCUGGCAAGAGAAGCUGUAGUUCUGGGAUCGCAGGAUUUAUCUCACUGGGAAAUCGUUGAACCUUUACCAUCUUAUGGCCGGGGGAUUGAACUGCCAGGUGGAAGAUAUCGCAGCUUGAUUACUGGAUAUAAUUUAACUGAUGUGGUGAUAACAGGUGGCAACGGAACUAUUGAUGGCGAGGGUUCUAUGUGGUGGAACCAGUUCAGUUCUCAUUCCUUAAACAACAGCCGUCCACCUCUCGUCGAAUUUAUUAGCUCUAGUGAUAUUGUUAUAUCAAAUAUAACCUUUUUAAAUUCACCUGCAUGGAACAUCCAUCCAGUAUAUUGCAGUUAUGUGCUAAUUCAAAACAUAACCGUCCAUUCUCCUCCCAAUUCUCCUUACACUAGUGGAAUAAUCCCAGAUUCUUGUGACCAUGUGUGCAUCGAGAAUAGCAACAUUAGUAUGGGUUACGAUGCCAUUGCGCUCAAGAGUGGAUGGGACGAGUAUGGAAUUGCCUAUGGCAGACCAACCACAGAUGUCCACAUCAGGGAUGUUCACCUUCAGUCUUUUUCUGGCUCUGGUCUGGCUUUUGGCAGUGAGAUGUCCGGUGGCAUCUCUAACAUACUUACCGAGCACCUUCACAUAUCCAAUUCAUUCAUUGGCAUAGAAGUGAAGACAUCAAGAGGUCGGGGUGGUUACAUAAAAGAUAUUCUCAUAUCAGAUGUGGAAAUGGUAAAUGUUGAUAUCGCUAUUGAGGCUACAGGUCAAUGUGAAUCGCACCCGGAUGACAAAUUUGAUCCUUAUGCACUUCCUGUUGUCAAGGGCAUCACUUUUAAGGACAUAGUUGGCACGAACAUCACUACCGCGGGGAAGUUUUCAGGAAUUGAUGAAUCUCCUUUCACUUCAAUUUGCCUAUCAAAUAUUUCCUUUUCCAUUGCCUUUGAUCCUUCUCCUUCAUGGGUAUGUUCCAAUGUGUCAGGUUUUUCUGAGGCAGUGUCUCCUGAACCAUGUCCUAAUCUUCAGACCCCACUUUCGAAUUCUUCUUCAGCUUGCUUCAUUUUCUUGUAUCCAAGCAGUCGCGUAGCGAUUUUAUGAUACCAACACCUUAAAUUACAUUUAUCAGUUUCAUCCAAUCCAUACAAUGAGGUUCUAAAUGCGUCUUUGGGUUUCUGCUUUGAAUUCAAGUGGAUAAUCGUCGAAAAAGUUGCAGAUUCAGCAUCUUCCAUCGAUUUAAUUGAACAUUGUCAAGUCCUGCAAUGGAACCCUUCCAAUCUGGCAUCUCAUCCAGGUCGGUUGCUCAUGUACAGCCUCAUUUUCUUCAUUCACGUUUGAGGAAAUUUUUGGCAGUGCACUAAGCACAUACUUCUUUUAAUUUUUUUUUUUUAUAAAAUUAUUUUAUGAUGUUUACUCUUUAAAUUUUGUUUUGUUACUUUAUGUUACACUGUGAAUUUGUGUAUUGGUGAUGGCCAAUAGGAUUGUGUAGUAGUGGAUGGGCAAAGGGUGUUCAAGGAGUGAUGUUGUUCUGUCAAUAAAAAACAAAAAGAAUAGAAAAGGGAGUGAUAUUGAUAUUGUUGGAAUAAAAUUGUCUUUUAUAGCUUGUCAAUAAUUAUGA